AAGAUUGGAAAUACAACCGGAUUAUCUAAACGUGCGGAAAUGGCCUUUUUGUACCAACGCGUUUUUGACAUCGAUACUCAAUGCCUUGUAACACUAAGUCCAAUUCCUGAAGCAGCUGGUAUCAAGACCGGUGAUAUUAAUCCGUUCACCAAACAGGCUAUGUUAGAUGUAACAUUCGAGGGAGCCGGUUUCGGUCCAGAAUUUAGUAGUGAGGCUAACUGGUAUUCAGUAAUUCCUAUUUCCUAUCGAGAAGAAUACCAAGUGCUUUUCAGGUAA